AGUGACAAUAGCCACCCCAUCAAUAACAACAACACUGACAACGAACAAAGCUGCGACAACAACAAAAGGAUCAAUUACAACACCAGUAGAAGGGACAAUAGCCACCCCAUCAAUAACAACAUCAACAAAAGCAAAUAAAGCAACAGUAAUAACAACUGUAGCAAUAUCAACGAUAACGAAACCAACACCAGCAGUAACAACAGUGGUAACCAGACCAAAGGCAUCGAAAACAAACCCAACGGAGGGAACAAUAACAACAGCAAAAGACCCAAAUGCAAUAGCGACAGCAACAACGACAGCAGCAACAGCAAUAGCAUCAGUAACAACAUCAGCAGAAGUUAUAAAACCUACACCAUCAUCAACAGCAGCAACAGCAACACCACCACCAGAAAAAACAGCAUCAAUAUCAACGCCUGUAGAAGUGAUGACAGCUACACCAUCAAUAACAACAUCAGCAGGGGCAAACACUGCAACAGUAUCGAUAACAACAGUGGCACGAACAACAACAACGAAACCAACACCAGUAGGAGCAAUAACAACAAAAGUAAUAGCGAAAGCAAAAGCAACUAUAACAAGCCGAGAGGAAACAGCACUAGUCGCAACUACAAUGGCAACAGCAACAUCAACAGUAGACACAACAACAUCAGCAACGACAUCAAUAACAACACCAGCAGAAGUGAUAAUAGCAACAGUAUCAAUAACAACACAAGCAGAACUAACAACUGUAUCGACAACAAUAACACGAGAAACAACAACUGUAUCAACAGAACUACCAUCAGAAGCAACAACGGUGUCAACAACACCAGCAGAAGUAAGAACAACAGCAUCAACAACACUAACAACAAAAGCAACAACUGCAUCAACAUCAAUAACAACAUCAGCAGAAGUGAUAAUAGCAACAGUACCAAUAACAACACAAGCAGAAGCAACAACUUUAUCAACAACAACACCAGCAGAAGCAACAACUGCAUCAACAACACCACCAGCAGAAGCAACAACUGUAUCAACAACACUGCCAGCGGAAGCAACAACUUUAUUAACAACAACACCAACAGAAGCAACAACUAUAUCAACAACAAGACCAACAGAAGUAACAACUGGAUCAACAAAAAUAACAGCAAAAACAACUGUAUCAACAGAAAUACCAUCAGAAGCAACAACGGUGUCAUCAACACCAGCAGAAGCAAGAACAACAGCAUCAACAACACUAGCAACAAAAGCAACAACUGUAUCAACAAAAACACCAGCAGAAGCAUCAGCUGCAUCGAUAACAACACCAGCAGAAGCAACAACUUUAUCAACAACAACACCAGCAGAAGCAACAACUGUAUCGACAACAAUACCAGCAGAAGCAACAACGGCAUCAACAACAACACCGGCAGAAGCAACAAUUACAUCAAAAGCAAUACCAAAAGAAACAACAACUGCAUCAACAACAAUACCAGUAGAAGCAACAACUGCAUCGACAACAAUACCACCAGAAGCAACAACUGUAUCGACAACAAUACCACCAGAAGCAACAACUGUAUCGACAACAAUACCAGCAGAAGCAACAACGGCAUCAACAACAAUACCACCAGAAGCAACAACUGUAUCGACAACAAUACCAGCAGAAGCAACAACUGCAUCAACAACAAUACCACCAGAAGCAACAACUGUAUCGACAACAAUACCAACAGAAGCAACAACGGCAUCAACAACAAUACCACCAGAAGCAACAACUGUAUCGACAACAAUACCAGCAGAAGCAACAACUGCAUCAACAACAAUACCACCAGAAGCAACAACUGUAUCGACAACAAUACCAGCAGAAGCAACAACGGCAUCAACAACAAUACCAGUAGAAGCAACAACUGUAUCGACAACAAUACCAGCAGAAGCAACAACUGCAUCAACAACAAUACCACCAGAAGCAACAACUGUAUCGACAACAAUACCAAAAGAAAAAAACAACUGCAUCAACAACAAUACCAGUAGAAGCAACAACUGUAUCGACAACAAUACCAGCAGAAGCAACAACUGCAUAGACAACAAUACCAAAAGAAACAACAACGGCAUCAACAACAACACCGGCAGAAGCAACAACUACAUCAAAAACAAUAUCACCAGAAGCAACAACUGUAUCGACAACAAUACCAAAAGAAACAACAACUGCAUCAACAACAAUACCAGUAGAAGCAGCAACUGUAUCAACAACAACACCAGUAAAAAUAACAAUUUCAUCAACAACAACACUAGUAGAAGCAUCAACUGCAUCGACAACAAUACCAGCAGAAGCAACAACUGCAUCAACAACAAUAACAGCAGAAGCAACGACAGCAUCAACAACAACACCAGCAGAAACAACAAAAGCAUCAACAAUAAUAAAAGCAGGAACAACGAUAGCAUCAACAACAGUACCACCAGCAGAAGCAACAACUGUAUCAACAUCUGAUUUAAUAUCAAUCCCAGUAGAAGCAAUACCCACAACAGCCACAAUAGCGAUACCAGCAAAAGCAACAACAACGUCAGUAACAGCAUCAAUACCGACACCAACAGAAGCAACAACUGAAUCAAUAACAACCCCGCCAGAGGCAACGACAGCAACGGUAUCGACAACACCAGUAACAGCAACAACUGCAUCAAGAACACCCCCAAGAGAAAUCAUAAAUAUACCAUCAACAACACGAGCAGAAGCAUUAACACUAACAGAAACAACAAUGACAAAACCAAAAACGACAACCCUAGGGGAAGCAAAAACAGAAGUAGCUGUACAGCUUUCAAAAACAAAGGUGCAAGUGAUAGGAAACAUUGCAAAAACCAAGCAAAGGACUAUCACGUGCGUUUUCAAAGAUGUCAUGUUCUGUAACACUCGUAGACAUACGCCUCCACUAACGACGGAUUCAAAGGAACAUUAUCAAAUGCUAACAAGUGAGUUAAUUUAACUUAUACUUGGCUUACAGCGGGAACUACAUAAAUAACUGCUGAUAUAGAAUAAAGACCGUUCUUAGCUUAUUCGUGCCAAAUCUGUUCCAGAUCAAUUUGAAAAAAAAAACCAAUAGCACAAUUUUACGGGCAAUGGUGAUUGUUUUUACGAAAUUAGAUCAAAAGAUACCCUCAGUAAUGUCGCUUUUACGGGACACUAAACCUGAUGCCCUAGUUAAUGGGUUUGGGAGUCAGUCAUCUUCUUGAGUACCACACACUGUGACAUAUGACUUUAUUUAUUAUUCGCGAUUGAUGCGAUUUUCAUCUCCUAUUUUUUAAAAAAACUUGUAAUUCUCUUUCUCGUCCGUUCCUUGUUAAUUUUAUUUUAAGUCGGCAUGGAGUCCCAUUUACUUUCGGCAUAGUAAAAGAUUGUUUUAACAUUCACUUAAAGAAUUUGGCGAAGACUAUUCCACAAAAAAACAAGUCUUUUUGUUAAAGUUACUCGCACUUAUAGGCAGGUGCGUUAUGUACAAUGCAACGAUGAGCGUCGAAAUUUUUUGUUAAGAUUGUCAAUUAUUUAUUGAUGGAUUUGUCCGGUGAAGGCCUCAACGAAGACAGCGUUACAAAUCAACACAAAGGAUAUCUUUGGAAGGAUAUAAAACCAUUCAUUAUGAAAAUGAGGUGAUCGCUUAUAGCCCGAUGUAUUCCUCUUGGAUUUUCCCUUCUAUUGUCUGGGGAAUUAUCUCCACAGUUAUAGGUACGUCGUCUUUCAGUUCGUUUGUUGUGACUCGUUGCGUUGCGAUUCAAUAACCUUUGAAAACCCCAUGCCUAACUCUGAUGACGCGCUGAGGAAAAAUUAACUUGAAACAACUUGUUAUUUUCUUCAAUAUUUGAUCUGUAACCAAACGGUUAAAGGGCAAAUAAUAUAGAGUGCUUAAGUUAAUACGUUAAGCGAAAAAUACAAUCUUUAUGAAUGUUAAAUAAUGCUAGGUUUGAAAGCAUUAUUGUGUGACUGAAAACGUUCAUAUUUCUAUCGUCGAUGAUAUCAUCUCUCCACUUCUGCUUUGCUUUUAAUUCUUAAGAAAAUAAUUUCUCAUCACCACUAUGGCAACUUUUGUGACAUGAACUUUCCUCUCAUUUCCUCUGAUUAUCAUAAUACCUCAGCGAAAGACGAAAAUUUUUAGUUAAUCGUUUAUUUUUAAAUUAACUGAAUAACAAACAAUAAAUGCAAGAGAUGACCAUAGUUUCUCUCUUGAGAAGUUUCUAGUGAAACUUUAAGAUGUCUGUAAACUACAAUAAGAACAGAAGAGACAUAUCUUGUUGUUUCACAAUGCAAAGCAAACUAGUUUUAAACGAUAUAAGACGGCCAAUUCAAGAGCAACUGGAGAAGGUGCAGGAAAAUAAGUGGUCAAGAAUAGAACCAUUCACAUUUUACAAUCUUUAGAUGAAACGUAGGCAGGUUUAUAUGAACUAUUGCUAGCAGCUCUUGAAAGCUCGUGAUGUUAUUCGUUCCCUGUAGCACUAAGCCCCAUUUUAAGGCUCACUUGAACAAAAAAGGUGUGUAAUCUUGAAAGAGCUAGGGUCAUCACAUACACAAGUGUAAAUAAAAGUGAAUUUUUCCUCUCAAUAAUAUACAAGAGUGAAUAACUCCUCACCUCGUUUCGGCAGGUAUCACUACAAGUUCUUCUGUUACAAACGGGUCAUCAGCUGUCAACGAGUCUGCAAAGUUGACUAUUUCGCUUUCAUCUAUCAGGACUGUAGCACCAUUACCGACGGAGUUAUCUUUCAGUGGCAGGUCAAACUCGGGCCAUUUGUUACUGACUGCUACAACUACGACUCGUGUUGCAGGACAAAGCUCUGACGUAAGCAAAGGUGUAAAGAAUGUUGGACUAUCCCAUAACACCACAGUUUUGUUAUCACGUACGGUACAGAGGGUCUCUUCUACCAUGACGUCGAAAACAAGCACCUCAGUAACAAGUGUUGGAAUUUCAUUUAGCGCUUCAACUUUGGUAUUAUUUACACCACUUGCUCCAAGUAAAAUGUUUUCGCACUUGACCACUUCGCCUGCAUUUAUCAGGAUUGAAGCAACAUUAUCAUCGGGUUCAUCCCUUAGUGGUAGGCCAAACUCGGACCAACCGUUACUGGCUGCUACAACUUCGAACCGUGUUGCAGGACAAAGCCCUGACGUAAGACGAAGUGAAAAGAAUGUUGGACCAUCUCACAAUUACACCACAGUGUUGUUGUCACGCACCAUACAAAUGCUCCCUUCAACCAUGACUUCACAAACAGACGUUUCAGUUGCAAGUGUUAACAUUUCAUAUGGCACCACAACUUUGGCAUUGUCUACACCACUUGCUCGAAGUAAAACGUUUUCGCUACUCAGUUUUUCGUCAGGAGAAUUUCCUGAAGGAACAGCUUUUUCUCCUGACCUUUACACCUCAAGAAAAAAGGUUACUUUAACUUAUAACAGCACAAUUAUGGUAUCUCGAGUACGUACGCCAAGGAUUGUUAAAACAAUUAGCUCGUUCGAGAGAUCAAGUUCUGCAGUUGACGACAUCUCCAAAACUAGAGCAAUUUGGGGUUUGCUUUCGUCCCUUUUCGAAAACAAAACUUCGAUGGCUAAAGAGAGGUUGCCUUCUUCCAUAAAUAGUGAUGUCCUAACAACGACUAAAAGGGAAACUACUAACAAUACCUUAGGGACAUCCUAUUCUUUUGAUCACAGUUCAUCCAUGAAAGACAUAAUUCGGUCUUCAACUAUUUUCAGACCUUCGGCCUUAUUCUCAGGAAUCGAUACUGCAAGUGGUUUCCUUUUCCACAACAGGACAGUGCAGCAGUCAUCUUUGAUCCAAAGCAGGACGAUUUCUCUUCAGGUAAGGGCUGAUUCUAAAAACAUCAUCUCUGAUAGAACAAGUUUUGCAAGCUCUCAUAGUGGCGAAAUACUUGAAAGAUAUGUGCCUCUGGUCCAAAGUACAUCAACUUUGAAUACCAUUACUUCACUUCACCCACUUAACAAAUCUACAGGAAAUUACACGGAUGUUUACCCCUCCUCGAGAAUCUUUGUUAGCAGCUUUAAUACAAUCAAGUCGAUUUUGCCCAAAACCAAAUUGAAACCCUUUACGUCAUUUCCAGUAGACUUGUCUUCAGCGUUCAAUUUCCCAAGGACGACUAUCUCUGGUUCUCAGGACGUUGCAGGUACCUUAGUUUCACCCGUGAAAACCCCCUACAUUGAAACAUCCAGACUACUCCUGAGUUCUUCUUUCAAGACUUUUGAAGCAACAAUCGUUGCCACAGACCUAAACGCACCGAGAACAAGUACUUCAGCUUCUCAAAAUCUCACAAGGACGUUCUCUACGUCACCUUUCUUGCAGAAUGAGACAAUCACGUCGAGAACGGUCGUCUCCUCCACGAUUUCCAAAUGGAAACGUUCUACGGGUUGGUUUACUUCAAGCAGACGUCGAGAAAAUAGCUUUUCUCAUGCUUCUGCAAGUGUUUUUGAAUACCCCUCAAGAAGACAAUCGACCACCACAUAUGCGUCUCCUAUAACUUCAUCAACAAUUCAGCCACUAAGUGAACGGACUUUUACGCCACAUAUAACACUUGUAUCAACCAGACGCACCCUUUCCAAGGACUCAUCCAGCCAAUCUUUGUGGAUCACAUCGGAAACUUCCCAAUGGGCGAUCUCACCUACGUCUAUCCUUGUAAGUCCUUCCAGUAUUUACUACACCGUACAGACCGAAUUUACUCCACCGUUUCAGACAGAAUUAUACCGUGAAAGUGCAAGUCAGACCAGAUCAUUUACAAUAUCAUCAGUAGUUAAAAGUAAUAACGUAAACUCCAUAACUUCGUCGGGCUUGCGAACAUUUCUUCCUUUCCUUACAACCAGCAACGAUUUUUCUAGGUCAGCUGACUCUCCUCACCAGGCGAUUACAUUCCUCAGCUCAACGGUUAAAAACACCUUGAGCUUAAGAACGUUUGCUUCCGUAAAUAAAACAAGCAGUCGCGAAAAACUACAAACAUCGGUGGGUUCAUCUUUAAAACACAAGACUGCAAACACACUCUCUGUGCAGAACUUCUAUGGUCACACUGACGACUCAUCUCCGGAAUUUUUUAACGGAGAAGUUAUAGCCAGUGGCACCUUAAAUAUUGAUUACACUAUUCAUAUGCCUACGUUGAAGCUUACCACGGUGGAAAGCUCUCAACUACUAUCGACAUAUCCAAGUCGCGUGAGACAAAGCUUAACAUCUUUAGCGUCGUCUUCCACUGGGAAAAUUUUCUUAGAGUCCAUAAUUCCAAGUACAACCACACCUCGUGAAGCACUCAGUUUUACCCUAACAACGAAAAACACCUUAAAACGUACCAGUCAAACGUCAACGGAAGCGAUUUGCACCCACUUGUCUACAAUAUUAACUACUUUAAUGCCUUCAUCAACUCUCCAGACGGCAAGAGUGUCUAUGGUGACACGGAAGAUUGUGUCUAGCAACCCAUUCAUGGAUAGCUGGACAAUAAGAACUGUCGUUAGCGCAAGCCACUCAACAGGCUACACCUUGAAAUCGUCGAGCCUUGCACCAGCUGCUACUCAAAGUACUCUCCAAUUUUUCCCCAAUUUUUCUAACGAUUCUAGACCUAUUUUCCCAUCGUCGUCUACUCUGUUAGAGAUGUCAUCAUCACUAGUUAACGUAUUGCCAACUUCAGCUUUAAGGAUUUCUCAGAAGAAUGAUCGAAUGACAACAAUGACAACAAUAGAAAAUCCAGCCUUCCCAAGAAGCUUGUACUCAAGAGAGACAUCUGCUUUGUCUAGUUCAGUUGCCACAGAACGUUUUACGUUUUCCGUCAAAUCUAAAAGCCAAUGGACGCAAUCCUCUACGGAACUACUAGUACCUACUUCCUCUGGUAAAAUAUCAAGCACAAUUCUUGAUAUGUCUAAAUCUUUUACAACAUCUUCCCAUCCCAUCUCGUCAUUCGUUUCUGUUUUGUUUCAAACUGGACCACCACCCGAGGAUCCAAAGCAAUUUGAAGGAACCAUGGUGUUACAGAUGCCUUGGAAUUUACGAUAUCUAAAAACAUACACCCCAGAAUAUCAGGCUCUUGCCUCUACAAUUAAGAGGGAAAUCAGUAAGGCGUUUACGAACCUUGAAGGAUUUCUAUCUGUGCAAGUUCUACGCUUCUGGGAAAGUAGCGUUGGAGUUGACUUUCUGGUGUUUGUACAGAAAAAUGCCAACAUUGACGAGAAUACCGUAGAGAUGAUGCUUACAGAGGCAAACAACACGGGGGUAUUGAAUAUACCUAUAACAAGCCUGCAAGUUAACGAAAGAAGAGCUACAACUACUGCUUCGGUACCCACUCCUGUAUCAUCUAAGUCUCUUGAGCAGUGGGCGCUUGUUCUCAUUGUUGCUGGUAUUUCAGUGUUCCUACUAUUGCUGAUUAUCUGUAUGUUAGCGGUAAGUAAAAUUGUUUUUGCAAUAAUUCCCUUAAACUCUGCUAUUCUAUCGUUUUCCCGUUUUUUGUUUAAGUAUUAGUAACAAGGGUUGAAAAAGAAGUGAGUGAUUGCAAUUUUCGCCAAUUCCAACGCUAAACAAGUUUUGAAAAGAAACACCCGUAGGAAAGCCGAAAACGGAGUGUGAAUGGGCAAAAUUUGAGAAGAUAAACUCGGUUUACGUUUGAGAAACCAGCCUCAUUUUGUUUAAAAAUUUGUACGAAAGUGUUAUAGUGUUAUAAUACUGUAUUUAUAAUGCUUGUUUUGCGGCCUUGAUGUUGUUAGUUAAAGGCCUUAGAUUUACCAGCUGUAAGUUUGGGGAUUGUUGUAACUGUAAAAAGAAAUUUAACCAAAUUUUCCAAUUUGUUGUUGAGUGCGUUUAAUGGUUUUCGUUGUCUUUGAAGGAAAUAACCAUUUUAUUUGGCGGCCAUUGAUAGGUUGGGCGAGUACAAUUGCACUGAAUUUGAAAGUAAUCCGAGUUCUUUUUGAUUCAGGUCAAAUUGGCCAGGCGAAGUGGCGGAUUUAAGCGAAGCAAGAAGUACGAGCUUUCGAGAUGGAAUAAUUACAUUCACACCGAGUAUCCUGACUCCGCUGCCAGAUCCAAAACGAACUUGCCGGUGAUAUUAAGUAUGGAAGAGAAACGACAAUACUUCAAAGACGAUUCAUAUGAAGAACUUACUACAUACAACAUAACAGAAAGCAAAAGCGACGAAAGCCUUACACGCGAAGCUUUCAGAACGAAAUUACGAGAAACUAGCUUCAACGGCAAUCCUGAGUUCAAAUAUACAAACCAGGAGUCCAGAAUAUCGCCAUCAGAGGCGGCAGUGAAGGUAUUCCAAUAUCAAUAAGACAAGAUCAAAUUUGAGACAUGCAGGCACCUCCCCAUUUCCAGCUUGUCAAUAUUUAUCCUUAACUAAUCAUUACCAACAAUCUAGGCUGACAUUGCAAAAUUAACAAAUAAUUCAAAAUUGAUCAAUAUUGAUUCAGUGGUAGCACAACAACAAAGUUGGUUCUUCGCCCAUCAUUCCCCAAAGGAACGGAAUUUGGAAAUGUUUGUUAUUGAGGAGGGGGAAAACCGAAGUACCCGCAGAAAAUCAUCUUGGAGCAAGGGAGAGAACCAAUAACGAAGUCGACCCAAAUAUGGCGUCCCAUCCGAGAUUUGCCAAGAAAUGAGUGAAAGGCGAGUGUUCUGACCAGUGCACUACCCUUGCUCUCCCCGCUUUUCCUUUUUUAAAGUACGUGAAUAAAAACAUAACUUUUCUAUUUUAUCUCCAGGGAUCCCAGAGAAGUGUUUCAACCAAAGAAUAUCCUGCUCAGUGGAACAAAGGCUGUGAUGAUGGAGUGAAACUAUAA